AUGCCUUCCCUUGUCUCCGAAUUCAUCAUCAACCCUGUGCUGCGACAGGCCCGGCGCUUUUCUGAGAUCUCCCGUGCAACGCCACCGGUAGCCGGACAGGAAGACACGCCCGUGGCCCAGGCGGAUGCUGUCCACGAUUCGGAUGAAGCCGAGGAUGUCGUGCAGCAAGGACCCAAUCUCCCGCUUGAACGGCAGCGGUCACGGCCUCUGAGCACUUCCACCCAGGAAACAAUUGUUGAGGAGGCCGCCGUUGAGCCGGUGACACCCAAUGGACCGCUGCUCGAUCAUCUGGGCUUCCCCAUAACGCCGCCCAGAAAUGCACCAGCCAAGAAGGGCGGGCCCAUUCCGGAAGACGAUGGCAUGAGAGAGCUGCGGACCCGCAUCCAGGAGAUCAACUGCCGGGAUAUCUCAUCUGGCGAAAAGGCAAGGCUCAUUCACGAUACCCUACUAGAGGGCUAUCGUGCGUCCAUGGCCACGGCCACGUCCUUGGGCAAAGGCGACUCGGACGAUGGAUCAAUUGGCCAUGUAUGGGAGCCGGCCAGCCCGACCGGGCCUCUCGAAGCCUUCAAGUACUGGCAAAAUCAGGUGAUGGGCGAGCCAUCAGUUAAAGAGACGUUUGUCUUGAGCGAAAGUGACAUCGCCCCAACAUAUGCCCCUAUCCGGCACUCAAGAACACCAAGCGUAACAACACCAACGCACUCGGCUGCUUCGCUUACUGAAACUCGAGGUCCACUGGGAUGUGAGCACUACGAGCGGAACGUGAAGCUGCAGUGUUCCACCUGCAAAAAGUGGUAUACUUGUCGGUUCUGCCACGAUGCGAACGAGGAUCACACGCUGAUCCGCAAGGACACAAAGAACAUGCUCUGCAUGCUUUGUGCCACACCUCAGAAAGCAUCUGAUGUAUGCAACAACUGCGGUGAGGUGACGGCCCAGUAUUACUGCAAUAUUUGUAAGCUUUGGGAAAACCGCCCCAACAAGCCCAUCUAUCACUGCAAUGACUGUGGAAUAUGUCGCCGAGGUAUGGGACUUGGGAAGGAUUUCUUCCACUGUAAGACGUGCCGGGCGUGCAUCACUACAUCGAUUGAGAGCUCGCACAAAUGUAUCGAGCGAUCGACUGACUGUAAUUGCCCGAUUUGCGGAGAAUACAUGUUUACGUCACCGAAACGGGUAGUGUUCAUGGUAUGCGGCCAUAGUAUACAUAAAAAGUGCUAUGAGCAGCACUUGAGAUCGUCGUACAAAUGCCCGCUUUGCAGCAAAAGCCUCGUCAACAUGGAAACGCAGUUCCGCAACUUGGAGCUUGCCAUUAUGAGCCAGCCCAUGCCACCAGAGUUUCAGGACACAAAAGCCAAGAUUCUCUGUAACGAUUGUUCUGCCAGAAGCACUGUGGCAUACCAUUGGUUGGGCCUCAAAUGCUCAAUUUGUCGGUCUUAUAAUACGGUAGAGCUGCAGAUAAUGGGCCGCAACCUCGAGGAGCUCCAGGCUGCUGCUGGUGACCAGCCUCCGAUUGCAGAAGAAAUCGACUCAGCAGAGGUCGCCGUAAUAGACGGCGACAUUCUUCCAAUGCACCCGAGCCCCCGUCACGCAUAA